CUCUCCCGUACAGGGAGGGUGGUUUGUCCAGAGCUGUGCUUGUCAAUCUCGGCAAUUUUAAGCCAGAAUCCCCCAACCGACUGCUCCAGAGAAUCUGGCAGGAAGCUGUGCACAAAUCCCCCAAAGUCUUGGAAAGCAGAGUAUCAUCUUGAGCAAGAUGGCCAGGAUGACAUUUAAGAAACAUAAAUUCUAAAUGACAGCAAUUUGAUGUCCCAAAAUCUAAUAAAUUCAUCUGUCUUUAGCCAGAAGAGACUUACAAGCAGACUGUGAAGCUAAAACACCUUCCAGGUCAGACAUUUGUGUCACUUCAAUAUUUAAAACCAGGGAGAAAUUUGAACCUUUCAAUGAAACAUUAGUCAUGUAAUAGAUCCUGGAUUGUCCCUUUAACAACAAGCAUCCUCUUCCUGCAUAAUUACGAGGCUUCUGUUGGCUGUCUCUGGAUUAUUGCAGAUAAAAAUAAUCUUUCGGAGGUGCUUUAAAGGAAAAGGAAAGAGUAUGCUUUCACCCAUGGAUUGGAAAGAGACCUUGUGGGUAGGCCUCACCAUAUGAUUCCCACAACUGUUAGGAAUGACCAGCUGCUUUCAAAAGGCUUUAUUUGCUCUCAGUGCUUUGUUGAGCUUUGCCUCUUUCAUCCUGAUCCUCGUGGCCAUGGGCAGCCAGAAAUGGAUGAUGGGGAAAAUCCUUUGCAAAACUGGCGCUGAGCUGGUCAAUGCCACAGACCCCGAGUUAGUCAAAUUCACGGGGAAAAUUUACUAUGGGCUCUUUGGCGGCCACAAAAUGCGACAGUGUGGACUUGGAGGUCGCCCUUCCAGAUUCAGAAUGUUUCCACACCUGGUGAAAAAGGUGAACGCGAUGCUCCAUGUGACAAUUAUCCUCUCCUUGUCGGUGGCAUUUUCCUUUGCUCUGGUCAGCUGCGGAUUCUGCUUCUUGAACCUCCUAAAAGUCCCUUUUCGGGCCAUUCAAGGACCUGCAGGAGUAGCUUUGUGGAACUUGGUGGCAGGCGGAUGUACCGUGCUGGCUGUGACCGCUUUUGUGGCAGCUGUCAAACUGCAUCGGCUUACAGAAAGAAUCGCCAAUUUUCGGGAAAACGGCUUCCAGUUUCUCAUCCUGGAAGAAGAGUACAUGCCUUCUUUCUGGCUUUGUGUAGCAAGUGCAACAAUCCAUGGGCUGAAUUUGGUCAUCAUUGCCCUCAGCGCAAUUCACUUCCCGACUCUGAAAAUGAAGACAGAAGAAGCAAAUGUUACAGCAGAAGACAUCAUGUACUAAGUUCUUUGUUUGCCAUUUGCCUCUUCUGUAUUUCCAUGAGCCUUUGAUCAUCUGCCUACUUUAAAGCCACUGACAUCAAGUAAAGUUUCUGGGUCUUAAAGGGGGAAAAUUACAAACGAUUGAUUUCAGCAAAUGCUGAGGUCCAUUGACUGCUGUGUUCGUACUCUGGAAGAGGAUUGUGUCUCCCUUACAGCGUUCGAAAUUUUAGGAGCCUUUUCCUGCUGGUUCUAAGGUGUCAUCCAUAGAUCUUUCAAAAGAGAAGUUUACACUACCUUUGCCCCAACCGUGACCCGUCAAAACCGCGGUCCACUAAAGCGCGCCCGAUCAAAGCGCGUACGUGAC